GCAGAAUGGCUACUGUCAAUCACAUGAUACGGUACAACUUGUCGUAAUUUACUCUCACAACACGCUGAACCAAACACUUGAUUAGUCAGACACAAGUCAUAGUAAAACUUGAUUAGUCUCACAGCCACAGUCUACAGCAGCUGAUCAUCAUCCACUCCAUUUCAUUCCAUUCCAUUCCAUUUCGUCCAGUGGAGCAGUAAAACAAUACGCCGCCGCCCCCGUUAUAAAUAGCCGGCGACACCAAACCCGUAUGGCCGUAUGCUCCUGGUUCUCUUUCUCUUCCCCCUUGGAGUCACCAACCUUUCCUCAGCCCUAGCCGCCCGCCGACUCGUAAACCCUAGCCGCUAGCGAGCGAUGCAGCCCACGGCACGGGAAAUGCAGGCCAUGGCCGCCGCCGGCCAGAUCUCCCUCGACGACCUCCGCGCGGCCGCCGGUGCAGUCGGCGGCGAGCACGACGACUUCCUCGACCAGAUGCUCGGCGUCCUGCCGCCGUCGGCGUGGUCCGACCUGUCCGCCGCGGCCGGCGAGAAGGCGCCGGAGGGCGGCGCGCAGGGGGAAGGGAUGCAGCACCAGCAGCAGUUCGGUGGGGGGUUGUACGACGAGUCCGCGCUGUUGGCGUCGCGGCUCCGGCAGCACCAGAUCAGCGGCGGCCCAGGCGGCGGCGGCGCGGAGGCAGCAGCGGCCAAGCAGAUGGUGAUGCAGCAGUUGGCCGAUCUGAGGCAGGGCCAGCACAUGAUGCUCCAGGGCAUGGGCCACUCGACGGCCGGCGGCGGGGACGGCGGCCUGCUCCUCCCGCUCUCCCUCGGCAGCGGCGGAUCGAGCGGCGACGUGCAGGCGCUGCUGAAAGCCGCCGCUAAUUCCUCCGGAGGAGAAGCCGCCGGCGUCUUCGGCAGCCGUUUCGCCGGAUCGCUCCAGCAGCAACAGCAGCAGCAACAUUUCCAGCCGCAUCCGCAGCAGCAAACAGCGCCGAUGCCGAGCCAGGGCUUCGGCGGAGGAGCGUCGGGUGGCGCGUCGCAACCACAGGCCGGGGCGUCGGGGGGCGCGGCGCCGCCGCCCAGGCAGCGCGUGCGGGCGAGGCGCGGCCAGGCUACCGACCCACACAGCAUCGCGGAGCGGCUCCGGAGAGAGAGGAUCGCGGAGAGGAUGAAGGCCCUGCAAGAGCUGGUGCCCAACGCCAACAAGACGGACAAGGCGUCGAUGCUGGACGAGAUCAUCGACUACGUCAAGUUCCUGCAGCUCCAAGUCAAGGUGCUGAGCAUGAGCCGGUUAGGUGGCGCCGCUGCCGUCGCGCCGCUCGUGGCCGACAUGUCCUCGGAGGGGCGAGGAGGCGGCGCGGCGGCGGCGGCGGGGAGCGACGGCCUGGCGGUGACGGAGCAGCAGGUUGCCAAGCUGAUGGAGGAGGACAUGGGCACCGCCAUGCAGUACCUGCAGGGGAAGGGCCUCUGCCUCAUGCCCGUCUCCCUCGCCUCCGCCAUCUCCUCCGCGGCGUGCCACAUGCGCCCGCCGGUCCCGGCGGGGCUCGGCGUCGGCGCCGUGGCGCACCACAUGGCGGCCGCCAUGCGCUUGUCGGGCAUGAACGGUGGCGCCGACGCAGCCGCCGUGCCGGCCUCGCCGAGCAUGUCCGUGAUCACGGCGCAGUCGGCCAUGGCCAACGGCGCCGGCGAGGGCUCUCACUCGCAGCAACAGCAGCAGCCCAAGGACGCCGCCUCCGUGUCCAAGCCGUGAGCCCUCGACGACGGCCGCCGUCUCACAAGCGGUGCAACACCAGACGACCUCAGGGUCCACGUUGAACAUCGGCCGGUCUCGUGGUCUCGCUCGCUUCGACUCCUCCUGGGAAUCGUGUCCUCCCUGAUGGGCCCACUAGACACCCUACGCGGCCCACGGGACCCAUCGUACUGCAGUAGCAGCAGCAGCCCACGGGCUCUCCUUUUUCUUAUUUCCUUUUUAUUUUCUAGUGUAAUCAUAUUUCUUUCUGUUCUAUAUUAUUCCAGUUUGUUGUUUAUUCAAGUAAAUAUUAAUCCAGGGCUGGUUCUUCUCA